AUGGCCCCGCAUAAGCCCAUGGCCGUGUCUCGCCCUGCCAGUCGCAGUCGGGCAGCUGCCGAAAACAACUUCAAGGAUAAAGAGGUAAUCCUCCUCUGGAAGCUGAACAACAAGGGAGGCGAUAUCGCAGCUGUAGCCAAAGAGCUUAACAUUACUGUGGGUGCUGCUCGCAUCCGUUGGUUCCGACUGAAGGCCAAACUCGAGGCCUUCGAGAAGAAGGUAGCCGGAAAGGAGACCACCACCACCACCACCGCCACUACCACCGCCGCUGCCGCUGCCGCUGCCCCUGUCGACACUACUAUGGAGGACACAGAGGGGGCUGAAGAAACCGACGAAGUCGAAGGUGGCAACAAUGACGAGGAUGCGAAGUAA